ACCGAUAUACGUGUGCUUUAGCUCCUGACCAUGGCUCUAUUACAGAUCGUUAAAGAUUGAAAAAGAUUAAGACGUUUUAUUUCUGACUGACAUGUGACCAUCAACGCUGCACUGAAUGGCUUCGUUAUUUAAACCAUGUUCCUAAACUCCCUGCGAAAAUGCGUUGGCUACUUUUGUGCAUCGUGGUCGUGGAUGUUCUUGUGGCAUCAUUUGAAGUGAUUACCCCUAAUAAACAUCUCCUGGCAAUCCGAGGUCGUCCAGCAAUACUGGGCUGUGAGUUCACACCUGAUACUGACCUGUCUAACUUGGUUGUUACCUGGCAAAGACAGGAGGACUCACGGGUUGUCCACAGUUUCUAUUAUCUACAUGACCAAUUAGACCGACAGAGUUCAAAUUACCAGAAACGGACCUCAUUGUAUAGUUCAGAGCUUGGUAAAGGAAAUGCAUCUCUAAUAAUUGCAGCCGUUAGCCCAAAAGAUGCAGGUUGGUACCUGUGUAUAGUGAGUAACACAAAGGGAACGGGAAGAGCCUUGAUGCAAGUGACCUGUGGAGCAUCAUUUGAAGUGAUUACCCCUAAUAAACAUCUCCUGGCAAUCCGAGGUCGUCCAGCAAUACUGGGCUGUGAGUUCACACCUGAUACAGACCUGUCUAACUUGGUUGUUACCUGGCAAAGACAGGAGGACUCACGGGUUGUCCACAGUUUCUAUUAUAAACAGGACCAAUUAGACCGACAGAGUUCAAAAUACCAGAACCGGACCUCAUUGUAUAGUUCAGAGCUUGGUAAAGGAAAUGCCUCUCUAAUAAUUGCAGCCGUUAGCCCAAAAGAUGCAGGCUGGUACCUGUGCAUAGUGAGUAACACAAAGGGAACAGGAAGAGCCUUGAUGCAAGUGACCUAUGGAGCUUAUUACUCUGAGCCCAGGAUAAGCAUCCUUGUAAACUCUUCUGCAUUGAAAGUGCAGUUUGAGACAGAAGGUUUUCCCAAACCUGAGGUGACCUGGCUGGGGGAACACAACCAGAACCUCAGCUGUCACAUGGAGAUCUAUGGCCAGACAGAAGAUGGGCUUUAUUUCAUAAAGAGCAUCUUUGAGGCUCAGAAACCAGUGGUUAAUGUCACAUUUACUCUAAAGAACCACCUCCUAAAUCAGAACCUGCACAGACCGGUGUUCCUCAGCUACGAUAAGGACACCACGGACCACAUGAUUAUUGCGCUUGUUUUCCUCACAGUGAUAUGCUUUCUACUGAUUACUGGCAUCUUCUGGCUAGCAAUUAAGAAACAGAAAAAGCAAACGCCUUCCCUGUGAUGAACCAUGAGAGUUAAUGAUUGUUAAUGAAGCCGCUGUUCCCAGAAGGUCUGCCUGCAUGUUUUGACUUGUGCUAACCAUUACUGGCACUAUUCAUGGAAUGCAAAGAGAGAAAAUGUUCAUUAAACUGUUCUUGCGUAAAAUGAAAAUAAUUGCAAAAUCCGGUAAUUUUACGCAAGAAUGACUUUCUAAAUAAUUUACACAGAUCUCAACAAGUGUGAGAAGUGGGAGUCAUAUGGGUGUGUGCAGAAUGUAAUUUCUUAAUCUUUUUACUGCUUAUUUAUUAAUUGACCAUUGUGCAUUUUUCUUAAAAAAUAGUUAUAAAACAUGUUGUUAUGUUUUAUAUGAAUUUUAAAAAAGAUAUUUUGGAUAUGGAUUUUUUUUAAAAAAAAGAUAUAACAGUAUCACCAUGGAUGUUUAACAUCACACUUAAUUGAAAUAUUUCUUAUUUUAACUACUGUAAAACACGAUUCCGUACCGUACAAGUUAAAAUCGCUUAUUGUAUUAUACACCAUGGCACAAGUAAUGCACUAAACAUCUGUAUAUGUUUUAGUUUAUAUCUUAAGCAGUAAUAGAACUGUGGAGACAAUCAGGUGAACUUUAAGCUAUGCGUAGCUUACGAAUCUAAGUCAAACAUAAUUACUCACAUUCCAAGCAUUGCACACUGUCCAAAAGCCUUUACAAAAAUAACCGUCACCCUAAUUCUCUGUUAUCUCGUCAUGUUUAGUAAUAAAUAUAGGGAGGGGGUGGCUAUGUUGACAGCUUUGAUUAAUUAACAGUUUAACCUUCAAGCUGGAGUAUGGACUAAAAAUAAGGUUUGUGUCUACUUAGGGGUUUGUAAGAAUGUAUAUACAGUAGUCAAUAUUUGAAGUGGAUUAACAAAAGUUCAUCAAAGUUGUCCUAAGACAAGAAUGGGUAUUUUGCUUUUAAAACAACUUUGAUGAAAGGUUUUGAUUCACUUCAAAUGUUGACUACUGUAUAUAUGUGUGUGUGUGUGUGUGUACUUGUUUUUGCUACAUAGUGGGGACCAAAUGUCCCCACAAUGAUAGUAAAACCUGAAAUUUUUGACAUUGUGGGGACCGGCAUGCGGUCCCCACAAUGUUAAAAAAUGAUUAAAAAUAGUAAAUGAUGUUUAUCUGAAAGUGUAACGAUGCAAACAUGUUUUCUGUGAGGGCUAGGUUUAGGGUUAGGGUUGGGUUAGGGGAUAGACAAUAUCGUUUGGUCAGUACAAAAUCUAUAGAAGUCUAUGGAAAGUCCCCACAAUUCACAAAAACAAACAUGUGUGUGUGUGUGUGUGUGUGUGUGUAUUCAUAUCUUCAUUUCAUCUCCUUCAGGCAGCUCAGUGAAAACAGUAUUUGUAGGAAAAACUAACAGGAAUAGAAUUUCAUGAGGGCAUAUGAUUAUCAUCACUUUUAUAACCUGGUUGUUGAAAACUGAAAAUUCUGUCUGCAGUUUUGCAUCUGUAUGAUGUACCUUCUUCUGUAUAACACAAAGAUGAUGUUUUAUCCACACAAUGAAAGUUAAUGAGAUCCAAAACAACACUGGUUCCCUGACUUUUACGGUAUAUAUUUUUUGAAAAUGAAAAGACAUUUGUUAGAUGUAAGCUGCACCUGAAGCCUGUAUCAGGAUUACAUAUUUAUUGUUAAACUAGGUUUGAUUUAAGACUAGUAUAUUGAGGUCAAGCUUGAGGCACAGGAUAUUUGAGGAAUAUAAUAAUACCUGAAACCUACUGAAGAGCAUCAAAGCCCCUCAUGCAGGAAAUUCAAAACACUAUAAAAAAGGCCCUAUUGAGCUUGGGUAAAAAGGUAUAGUCACCCUUGAAGAGCAUGUUAACUGAAAGGUUCUUUCAUUUCAUGAAACUCCUGAAUAUCCUGUUCAUACAAUGGUGGUGAUACAUUUCACCAAUAUGAUUUGUUUAUUCGGUCCACGCUUAUGAAAAGAGGGUAAAAAAUGUGUUUUAUGUUUUUGUUUGAAUUUCUUUCUUUCUUUUUUUUCUAAAUGCAGUCUGUCAAGUCAGUGACAGUUACAUAGCAAAUCUGUACAAACUAGGUUUUCAAAACUCGCUUGUUGUAUGGCUCGCUUCAAACAUUAUUGAGAGUAACCUUAUGCAUUUAACAUGUAGAACAAAUGUUCUACGACCCAGCAUCCAUUUAUCCUUCUGCUAGCUUAUCCAUUAAUUAUGCAUUAAUACAACACGUACUGUAGCAGUAAUUUCACAUUUUUGCUUAUUACUCAAAUAAAGCUUGUGUGAA